GACGUGACGGCUAUGCGCGGGAAUGCUGGACGGCGACCACCGCGCAGCUGACGGCGGCGGCAGACGCGAAACUGAAGGCGAUGGCGAAGACGUGGCUUCGGCCGCCAGCUCGGAGGCGGCAGGGACGGCGGCUGCCGCUCGGACAGAGGCAGCCGUCGAAGAUGACAGCGACAGCGACAGUGACAGCUUCAGCUGGACCAGCUCCGUGGCCGGCGAGUGCCUGGCGGACGAUGCGGUGCCAGCGAACGCGCUCGCGGCGGUGGGGGUGGACCAGGGGGGCGUGGUCCCGUUCGGGCUGGCAGACCCGCGCCGCCACCUGAGUCCCGGCCCCACCUUCGGCAACGUUGCCGUCGCCAACUCUACCGACGUCCAGUUCGGUAACAAGACGUUCUUCAACGGGCCCGUCACUAUCAAACAGGUGGUAUACGCCAAGGAUGUGGAGGGCGCCGCUGCCACGGCCGUGCCCGCCGCCGGCACGGGCGCUAGCGUCGCGCACGUCGACCCCGCCGCUCCCGACAAGACCGCCGUCGUCGGCGAAGGCGUCCGCCUCAAGGUGCUGCAGCCCAUCGUCGCCAACGGCAAGGCGGCGCGCGCCAACGGUGCUGUUCCUUCCACAAGCAAUGAGUCCGUGACGGGAACCAACUGCUGCGAAAUACCUGGCUUCUCCGGAGCCGGCAAACCAGCCCUGUCGUGGCCUCCACGGCAGUUACCUCACCGUCUCGCCAUCGCCGCCGCCGCUGCCGUCUCGCCGCCGCUGCCGCCGCCACAGUCCACUCGCCGCCUCCGUCUUCGUCAACGCUGCCGCCAUCACCUGCUGUCGUCAGCACCACGUCACUGGCGUCCCCUGCCAUCUCGGCGACACUUCGUCACCGGUGAAGGAGAGGGCGUCCGCCGGAGCUGGUGGCGCCGCCUGUGGAAGACGACCAGGGAGCGCAACAUGGCGUUGUGCGGCGCGGCAGCAGCGCUCCUGCUGGUGGGGGGCAUCAUGAGCGUGACCAGCGCGCUCAUCAGGGACUUCAACAGGGCUGCGUACAAGCCCAGCGUGCCCGAGCUGCCCAAGCCCUGGGAGACAGCCGAGACGAACGUCACGCUGAGCGGAAAGCUGUACAUCGUCCCUCGUCGCGACUGGCUGGCUAUGCCGCGACUGGACCCUCCCGACUACCUACAUCCGCCGGUGCCCUACGUCAUCAUCAGCCACUCGGCCACAGAGGGCUGCGACACGCAGGCCGCCUGCACGCAGAUGGUGCGCUUCAUCCAGACCUUCCACAUGGAGAGCCGGCACUGGUCCGACGUCGGCUACAACUUUAUGGUGGGCGGCGACGGAUACGCGUACGAAGGCCGCGGCUGGACUGUAAUCGGGGCGCACACCUACGGCUACAACAACCGCAGCAUCGGCCUCAACAUGAUCGGCACCUUCAUCAAAGUGCUACCCUCGGAAGCGCAGUUGGUCGCACUGCGCCAGCUCAUAGAGCUGGGCGUCCGGGAAGGCUACAUCGCCGAGAACUACAAGCUGCUGGCGCACCGGCAGCUGUCCGCCACAGAGAGCCCAGGCACCAGGUUGUAUGAGGAGCUGAAGACGUGGCCCCACUGGUCCCAAACCCCGUGAGCCUUGCUUUCACCUUGUGAAACAUUCGACUUUUCUGAAGUUGUGCCCCUUAUCUUUGAGACCACGAAACAGGUCUGGUGAACGUUGGAAAUCUUUGACGUCAGGGCCCAAGUCCUGUGGGGGCGACAAAUGAGCUCUGGUGCAUAUUGGAUAUGACUGACGCCAGUUUCCUGAAACUUAAGUCCUGAUCCCUACUGGUCACCUUUUAUGAGGCCACGGGGCAACAACAUCUGAACAGGCUAACUCAGAGGUGCAAGAGGCAAAUACAAUAACAUAGUAGAGACUAUGCACGUUCUUAUGCAGACUUACACAGCCAUUCUAACCGAACGUAAAAUCUUCUGGGCGAUUAGGCGUGGUAUUUUCGCCUUGUGCUUCAAGUUUUAUCCCUUAUUCAGCGAGCUUCUUCACGAGUCUUUUUCUUCCUUCAGGUUGUUGAGAACUGUCGAAAGCCAGUGAGGACAAUCUCCCGUGUUCUUUCUGAAGAAAUGGCAUUAAAAAUUCCCACGGCUCCGCCUUACAGACCAUGUUAACUGCUCGGUGUUUACCUAUUAAUAGUGCGCUACCUACAACUCAGAUUUUCAUGUAUAGUCAUCGCUAUUAAUCAAGUGCCCAAAAACCAAUUAACGGGGGUAGGACGUCAAACGGGCCGACUUCGAGCAGGAGAGGCACCACACAACAUUUUAAUUUCUACUGUCUAUACUUUUACAAAUAAAUUCAUAAAAUUUUGUCAGCAUGACCAGGAAGGAUUGAGGACACUCACUCAUGGCAGUGGAAGUUCAAAAACGCAGUAAAAUACCUUUCUUUUACAUGUGAAAUUUCAUCAUUUUUUCACUUUCUACUGCCUGCAUUUGUUUGUGUAGGUACACUUUUCUUCCUAAGUAAGAGAGAUUCUUCGAUGAAUUUUGCACAGCAUACAAGCACUACUUACAGGUGUAUGAAACUCUAGAAUUUUCCAGAUCUAUUUAAAACUGUGGUAAAAAUGGAGAUAAUUAACUAUAAAAUUGGAGUUUUUUCUAAACAUGAAGUUUAAAAUGUAACAGUUCAUUUAUUUUUCCAUAAAUUAAAUAAACUCUAGAGUUGCAUACACAUGUAACUAUAGUUUGUAUGCUGUGCAAAAUUCAUCGAAGAAUCUCUCUUACUCAGGAAGAUUUCAUACACAUGUAACUAUAGUUUGUAUGCUGUGCAAAAUUCAUCGAAGAAUCUCUUUUACUCAGGAAGAAAAGUGUACCUAUAGCAUCAAAUGCAGCCAGUAGUAAGUGAAAAAAACGAUGAAAUUUCACAUGUAAAACAAUGUAUUUUGUUACGUUUUUGAGCUUCCACUGCUAUGAGUAUGAAUCCUGAAUCCUUCCUGAUCAUGCUUUCAAAGUUUUAUGAAUUUAUUUGUAAAAGUAUAGACAGUGGAAAUUGAAAUGUCCUGUGGUGCCUCUUCUGCUACAAGUCGGCCCGUUUGACGUCCUACCCCCCUUAAAUUGGCUUACCAGCGGUAUCCUGGGUAUUUGUACCCAGUAACAACUGGUUCACUCUGCUAAAGAAAUCAGAAGACCACUGAAGAAGAUCCCAGUAGAGGGGUCGAAACAUUGAGUUUGUAGACAAAGUAAAAUGGAUUAAUGAUGCAGCCUCAUCAGCGACAAGAUUUCACUUCCAAUGGCUGCUUAGUUAUCACAACUAUCACGACAACUACGUCCACACUGCGAUAGUGUUUUGAGUAACAGUCGAUCCUUCAAAUUCAGAGAAUCGUUAGAUCACAGAUGCAUUGGACACUGUACCAAACGAAAACAAUAUCUGUUAUUCACUGCUGGUGCAGAAUCAAAAAUCGCAAGAGCCAAAGUUCGGCAACAUACUUGGUAAAUCGCAUAAAGCAUGGCUUGGCAUGGAAUGAGAAGGUAACUUCCGCAACACAACUACGUAUUCAACGCUCCACUUCAUCAAAAUUAGAAAAACUAAUUCACAAUUAAAUCAAAUGAAGAUACUUUUGUUGAAAAUUCGAACUUACAAGGGUAGGGCUAUUCGCUUUACCAGCAUUAUGAGCAAUGUACGUUAUAACAGAUUUGAUGUUCACUAAAGGGGCCGAAACAAAACAUCAUCCGAAGAUUUAUACGUGAUUACUAUACCAACCAAUUUCGCGGCAGCCGCAGUCUGUCCUGCAGUACAUUCUAAAUACUGCUGCUAAACUGUAAUCCGACAGCAACUAAACGUGAAACACAGAGAAAGGGCCUUGAACGUUUCUAAAUGAUGUCCCAUAUGUGAUAUAUAAAUAUCUCGGUUUGUGUUUGAGGUACAAAAGAAUCAUCGCACACUUGUUCAUUUCCUCAAUGGUGGACGAAUCGCGAUUUUUCAGUGGGCGAUUCCGAUAUAAUUGGAGAAUGUACACGAAUCUCAUCCAGAAUAUGGCGCACAUAGUGUGCUUUCAUAGCCGAGAUCUACAAACUUUCUUUUAUAGAUUUUUCUCAGAAAAAUACUUUAUUCACUUAUUCGAUUUAUACGUCCUCCCUAAAAACAGAUAUGUAAAAUAAGAAGGGAAAAGACGAGAGUGUAAGUUUAUGUAAACAAAUAAUGUAUGAAAGACGAUUAGAAAUAUAAUUUCUGAUCAUAUUUCUAAAUGUGUUUGUACAUUGCAGUGUUUCACAAUAAAACGUGAUGCUUUAUACAAUUA